CACACAAAAGAUUGGAAAGAAAACUUAUUUGGCAAAUUUCAUGAAGUUUUUUUCACCUUAAAGACUGUAUACAGUGUUUUGCGUCUUAUAUUUAUAAAAUAAACAAUUAUAUUGUGAUGCUGAGUGUGGAAAAUAGCACAAAAAAUUAAUAUUCGUUUUGCGAGCUGUUGAGUCCUGAAAGUUAAGACGUGAAAAUGUCUUUCGUGCGCACCUCGACGGGUGGUAAUGAGUCGGUGCAUAAAUUUGUGGAGGCCCUGCGGGCUGACUUUAAAACGCUUUCCACGGAAACGAAAAAAAAGUAUCCAUUAAUAAAAGAGUCAUGCGAAGAGGCUAUUUCAAAAUUGAGUGCCGCUAGCAAUAACCAACAAACUUCUGUAUAUUACACUGUGAACCAAAUUUUGUAUCCACUUGUGCAAGGAUGUGAAACCAAAGACCUGAAAAUUAUUAAGUAUUGUCUGGGCAUGAUGCAGCGGCUUAUCACCCAGCAGGUUGUUGACCAAAAAGGCGCACGCUACAUAACGGAUGCAUUGUGGAUGCUUAUGGAAAAUAACAUCGAAGAGGUAAAGGUUUUGCAAACAGUUACACUUUUGUUGACCACCAACACCGUUGUACACGGCGAAACAUUAGCCAAAUCUUUGGUAUUAUGUUUUCGACUACAUUACACCAAGAACUCAACGAUUGUCAAUACAGCGGGUGCCACGAUUCGACAACUUGUUUCACUGGUGUUUGAACGUGUCUAUUUAGAAAAGGAUUCGGUGGCCACAUUACAGGGCGCCACUCAAAAUGCCAACAAAGAAUUGGUGGAUGGUGACAACAGUGGAGGGGCUAGUACCGAAAUUCAAACCUUUGCUGCGGAUGCAUUUUUCUUGUUUCAAGAUCUCGUGCAGCUUGUGAAUGCUGAUCAACCGUACUGGCUAAUUGGAAUGACAGAAAUGACGCGCACCUUUGGUUUAGAAUUACUCGAGGCGGUGUUAACGAAUUUCAGCGCUGUGUUUCAUGAGAAUAAUGAUUUCCGUUUGUUGCUAAAAGAGCGUGUUUGUGCGUUAGUCAUUAAACUCUUCUCACCGAACGUGAAGCAUCGUCAAGUGCCGGCUCCUAACAAUGGCAAUACUGCGGUGCCCAAUGACAAACCCUAUUUCCCAAUCAGCAUGCGUUUAUUGCGUUUAGUAGCCAUACUAAUACAGAAGUAUCACACAAUAUUGGUUACCGAAUGUGAAAUUUUUCUAUCAUUGAUCAUAAAAUUUCUUGAUCCUGAUAAGCCGCACUGGCAGCGCGCCUUAGCUUUGGAAGUCAUUCACAAACUUGCCACAAAACCUAAUUUGAUUGCAUUCUUCUGCAAGUCCUAUGAUCUAAAAAAUCAUGCCACUAAUAUUGUACAUGAUAUGAUCUCAGCAUUGGCCACAUAUGUGCGUUAUUCAUUAAUAAACGCAGUUGCUUUACAAACCGGACAGCCUCCAGCCACCAAUCAAAAUAAUCCCACAGCUGCACAUAAUUCAGGCAAUCAGUGUGGAUUCAUGUUCCGUGGCGUUUACUUAUCGCUAGUAGCCACCUUUCCGCCGGGUGUGGCGAAAGCUGUCUAUUUGGAGAUGCUCGACAAGCUGGAGGCACCCAACAUUCCAGAUAGUUAUGGUGUCUCCGUAGCUUAUGCGAUACUCUUGGACAUAACACGCUCUAUUGGAGGUGUAAUACAACGAACACCGGAAAUGCAACAGCCAACUCACAACUCCACGCUCAUUACUGAGGAAGAGCACAAACCGCUGUGCUUGCAAUUAAUCAACUCUAGUUGGGCUGGACUACUUUUAGCAUUCGUGCCGUUAAUAGAUGCUUCAAUCGAUGAGGCUACAACGGAUAAUAUCUUGAAAGCUAUGCAAAAUUAUGCUGCGCUCUGUGGCAUGCUGGACUUACUGGGACCACGUGACGCUUUCAUAAUGUCCAUAUGUCGUGCCUCUUUUCCACCGCACUAUGCAGCGGCAAUAUUUGCGAACAAUGCACAUAUGGAAGCAGAUUUGCGAGGUCAUGCGCGCAGCAACAGUCAAGAUUUAAACAACCAGUUUAUGAAUACUUGUAACGAGAGUGAAUUUCGUCAGCAAAUUGUGGCCGUGGGCACGCCUUUGCCAAGCGCUUCCUUGCCGCACAGUGUAAUGCAAGCGCCCGUCAUGCUGACUACAAAAAAUCUGCAAUGUAUGCGCGCUAUUCUGUUUUUAGCACGCAGCAAUGGCAGCAUACUGGGCACCUCCUGGCAUAUUGUGCUGCAGACCCUGCAACAUUUAGUAUGGAUUUUGGGCUUAAAACCCUCCACUGGCGGCAGUUUGCAAGCUUUUCCAAAACCUGCCGUCGAGGCAAAUGUGGGCAUACAGACUGCCGUCAUGGCCGAUUUGCCAGUAUUGUCACAAAUGUUAAGUCAACUCUUUGAAUCUAGCCAGUAUUUGGACGAUGUAGCACUACAUCAUCUAAUCGAUGCAUUAUGUAAAUUAUCCCACGAAGCUAUGGAGCUCGCUUAUGCGAACAGGGAACCCUCCUUGUUCGCUGUCGCAAAACUACUUGAAACCGGCCUUGUGAAUAUGCCACGCAUUGAAGUUUUAUGGCGUCCACUCACUAAUCACUUACUGGAGGUAUGCCAGCAUCGUCACAUACGCAUGCGUGAGUGGGGCGUGGAAGCAAUUACUUAUUUGGUGAAGUCUGCACUGCAGUUUAAACACACUGUACCACUAAAGGAAAAUAUGGAGCUGCAAACAAUGCUGCUGAGCCCACUGUCGGAGCUCUCCACUGUAAUGCACGCAGAUGUGCGCCAACGGCAACUUGACUGUGUGCUACAGAUUCUUAAUGGUGCAGGAGAAAUAUUGUCAUUCGGUUGGCCGGCAAUAAUUGAGAUCAUUGGCGCAGUAAAUGAUCAUCAUGGCGAGCCUUUGAUACGCACCGCAUUCCAGUGUCUUCAGUUGGUGAUUACAGAUUUUCUGACUGUAAUGCCUUGGCGUUGCCUGCCGCUAUGCAUAAACACCGCCGCCAAAUUUGGAUCGCAAACGCAAGAGUUGAAUAUAUCGCUAACUGCUAUUGGUUUAAUGUGGAACAUUUCUGAUUUCUUUAAUCAAAAUCAAGAGAAAUUGAUGUCGGCGCAAGUGGACGAUGGCGCUAUAUUACCUGAUUUUCCAGGCACUGUGAAAAUGCCACAAUUCGACAAACUCUGGAUGUGUUUGUACGCCAAAUUGGGGGAACUGUGUGUCGAUUUGCGGCCCGCAGUACGCAAAUCAGCCGGCCAAACACUCUUCUCAACCAUUUCUGCACAUGGUAGUUUGCUGAAUCCACCCACAUGGCAGGCUCUGGUUUGGCAAGUCCUAUUUUCGCUGCUGGACAAUGUGCGGGCGCUCUCCAGUUCGGCUAGCAAUGAGAAAGUGGACGCCAGCGGUAAUAUCCUCAUUCACCAUUCACGCAAUACUGCACAAAAACAAUGGGCAGAGACACAGGUUUUAACGCUCUCUGGCGUGUGUAGGGUAUUCAAUACCAAGCGUGAAUUGUUGCAAAUGUUGGGUGAUUUUGAUCGCGCUUGGUCGCUGGUCUUGGAGUUCAUUCAAAAUGCUGCCUUGAGUAAAAAUGGCGAAGUAUCCUUGGCGGCGCUUAAAUCAUUGCAAGAAAUUAUGUACCAUAACACAGAGAAAUCGGUUCCACUUACAGAUGAGGACACAACACGCGUUAAAGAUGAUGAGAUUUGGACGAUUGCAUGGAAUAUUUGGCUUAAUAUUGGUAUUGAGAGCACAAAGAUCACAACGAAGAACAACGACACCCAAGAGGAAUUUUAUAUACCCAGUCAAGCAUUUUUAACAGCGUUAAUACAAAUUUUCCCAGCGAUUUUCCAACACAUACAACAAAGAUUCACUUUGGAUGACUUUGAAAAAUUCUGUAUUGUGCUGACAAACGCAGUUUGUAUACCCGUGCAAACUGAUGCCGUUCCCUAUAUAAUGUCGUCUGUGUCGGACUCACUGCUAACGCCAUUACAUGAUGGUAUACUAGAUUGCAUGGAUCUCAUCCAAAAGGAGGCCACCAAGGACGGUUCCAAUUUGAAACACAUGAUUCCUGUUAUAUUCCGUCAAUUACUUGUGUUCAGUAAGUUUGCUUGCGCCCCACCUGCCUACGCCGGAGUCGAACACAAGUACGUCAAAACAUCGAAUCAUUACACAAACAACGCUUCGGUGGAAAUGGUUAGCAUGAAUUUCAUACCCUUUGGUGAGAAGUCGAUAAGCAUAUGCGUGAAAUUGUAUCAGAGUACCGCCACAGAGGAGUGUGUAAUGCAGGAAAACAUAUUACAUGAAAUCAUCAAGGCGCUCCGCACGCCACUCUCCAUGAAGUACAAAUGUCUGUCGUCCAGCACAUGGAAAUUGGCCAUUUCGAGUUUGAUUACUAUACUACACACUGGUUUGAAGGUGGCACGUGCUAAAGCCAACUUUUUUACGGGCAUGUGGGAUGAUUUGGCUGACACACUGGAUAAAUUUCUCUUUCCCGCAAGCGUUUGUACUAUAGAAGAUCGUGGCCUUGAAGAAAUUGUGCUGGACGAAACAAUUGAUUGCCAGGUCAUCGAACUGUUGCGUGACGAAGUAUUGCCGCACGCACACGAAAUGCCACAUCAAUUUAUAAUGCAAAUUGUUGUGCUACUCAACAAAGGCUCCAUACAUUCCGCAUCCGACUCGAAUAUUUGCUAUGAAUCUGACUGGAAAUUACGUGAAAUAUUCGCAAAGACAUGCUUCGAGACGCUGCUACAGUUCUCACUAUUAGACGAUACUUGCAAUAAUAAUCGGAAUAGUUUAACGGCAACGUCUGCAGCGGUAGCAGGCGUUAACGCGUCGUUGAAUUCCAAUGUUUUCACAAAUAUGUCUGGUGGAGGUGGCAAGGAUUUUGCUGGCCGCUUGGCGGUGACGGCUUUGCUACAUCGAUUCCAAGAAGUCUUGAAGAGAUUCAAUGACGACGAACGGCAGAGUGGGAAAUGCCCAUUACCUAGAUUCCGCCUCUCGGAAAUUUCCUUCGUACUUAAGGCCAUUGCUACAUUGGUGAUAUCGAUGAAAAAAGCACCACCAACUAAAGUAAACAAACCAGCGUGGGAUCAGCUAAUUGGUUUAUAUCCCUAUCUCGUCGAUUGCACUACGACCACAUCACCCGAAGUGUCGCGUUCAUUGCGUGAAGCGCUGCUACAAUACACAGAUCUGCUGCAGCCACCAAAGUGUCUAAAUACUGAAACCGCAAAUGCAGUGAAACUACAAAACGCAACGCAAUCAAAUGGCCAAGAGUAAAAAUGGAAUGGAAAUAAAUCCGACGAUUAGACUCGUCAAUUCAAUGACGUUUAUGGGACUUUUACAAUGACACUUGCAAGUGUAUAAACAUAAAAGUUUAAUAUUUAUUUUGAGCAUAACUAAAUGAAUACACCAACUAAACAUACAGUUAUACAUACAUCUAUACAUAUUCGAUAAAUUUAAAAUAUUUAAAUUACCUACUCUAUUACAUUCUAUUUUGUUGGCAUAUGCACACGCAUCCAUAUAUUCGAGUGUUUUUCUGGCUAUAUGUGUAUGUGUAUGCACAUAUGUGUGCAUGUUCGUGCUAACCAAUGUAACGCAUAAUGCGAAAUUGCAAUAUUGUACCUUUAAAAUAAAAUGGCUAAAUGCAAAGCAAAUUUAAAUUGCCAGCGGUGCAUAUACUAUAUACUAUUUUCUAUCUACAUACAUAUUUAUUAUUGCAUUUUUGGCAAGUUGUGUUUGUUCAGUUACCUUUUUGUUUUCAUUGUUUAGUUUUUGUUUGUGAAUUUUUACAGCAUCUAAAUCUUAUUUUUUUAUACAUAUUUGUUUAUUUUUACUUUGUAUUAUAGCAUUGAAGUAUAAAGCAGAAAAAUUCGAAAUGCAAAAGCGAGCUAUUACCUAUGAAAUAUUUACUAUACAACUAAUUAUAUUUAGAGAUCUUUGUAGUGAACGUUUUUAAUAAGAUGAAAUCGAAAAAAAAACAAAAAAAAAAUAUUGAUAAUAGCAUAUACACAAUAUCUUGUCCUAUUGUACUUUCAGCCAUUGAUAAAAUAAUAAAACAAAGUAUUAGAUAUAGAAAAACAAGAGCAAAAUA